GCACAAACAUCAAAUACAUAUACGGUUUUAACAUAUGCAUACAAAUUGCUAAAAAUCAUAUGUACCUACUAGUGAUUUAAAGAAAUAUUUCCCUUCACUUUAGUAAAUUUUUCUGGCUUUUAUUAAAUUGCCAUUAUAGCAUAGGGAUUUUUCAAUAAAUUUCUUCUCGUUUUUGUGAUUUUCGAACAAUAAAGUAUGGCUUUAUAUUUGGCAACUAGACAAUGUGCAAAACUUAAUUUACCCAGGAUCUUACCCCAAAUACGAGCUUUACAGAAAUCAAGCGUAUCAAGUUUAGUCCCAUUAAUCAAAGAUCCUUUAUCGAAACAGGCUCAAGUAGUCAGAAAUUUUUCGUUAACAACACCUAAACUAUCAUCUGCUCAAGGAUCUCAUGCAGGUUUAUGGACUGCUGAAAGAGUUCUUUCGUUAGCUUUGUUAGGAAUUUUACCUGCAGCUAUAGCGUUUCCAUCACAACCUCUUGAUUAUGCUUUAGCAGUGUCAAUGGUUAUGCAUUCCCAUUGGGGCUUGGAAGCAAUUGUUACUGAUUAUGUAAGACCAAUUAUUUUUGGGAACGUAGUACCGAAGGUUGCCCAUGGAGUGUUGUUAGUAUUUUCUGCCGCCACACUUGCUGGAUUGUUCUACUUUAUUUAUAACGAUAUUGGAAUCGCUAAAGCUGUAAGAAAAUUAUGGGCGAUUAAAGGUCAAUAAAUCUAUAUGUAUUUAUAUAAUAUAUAUAAAUAUUUAUAAAACUAAUUCUUGUUUUACUUCAUUAAAUUAUUGUUCUUUAUUAUUGUCUCUAAUCACAAAUUAAAUUUUAAUAAAUAAUUAAUGAUUGGUUACUAUUCCUUA